UUCCCAGCCGCUCCUCGUCCCGUCUGCCUCCCGGAUUCCAGAUCGAGCUCGCUCGGUUCCGCUCCGCCGUCCGCACCUCGCACAAUGGCCUCCAGCUCGAGAUCUACUCCCGGCUUGGGUGCAGACGAGCACGGCCCAUCCACGGUUUGACCGCCUCACUCCACCGAUCUGCUGUUCUGCCUCACUCCGCCGCCUUCUUCCCUGCCGCAGUAAGUACUCAAAUCAGCGGCGACGGAACACACUCGCGAGGCGCACGUAGCUCGACGCCGCCGCUGGAACCUCCGUGGUUGACUGGACUCAGACAGCGCACGAUGCCGGACAGGAAAGGCGACACCCAGCUCGAGGACCUGCCCGAGGAGAUCAUGGACAUGAUACUCAUCCGGCUGCCGUCCAAGGACGUCGGCCGUUGCCGUGCUGUCAGCACGUCGUGGCGCAGUGCCACCUCUACGCCUAAAUUCAUGCUCGAACACCACCGCCGCCAGCGGUCGCUCCCCAUCAUCGACGGGGAUUAUGGGCCUGCCAGACUUGUUGUCUUCCGUGAUGCUGGUGCUGGUGCCUCCAGUCAACAGCUCUGGCCCUUCCUCCCGGGUGCCAAACACCGUUCUGGGAAUAGGCUCCAAGUCGCCUCUGAUGGCUUCAUCAUCAUCGCCAGUAAUACCCGGUGCCAAUUACGAUUCUACAUCUGCAACCCGACCAUCCAACAGCAUGCUCUCCUACCACAGCCUCAGUUGGGGAAAGAUAUCUGCAACAGCAUAAUCGGCCUCUACCAGCAUCAUCCAACCAGAGAAUAUAGGGUGCUAUGGGUCUCACAGGACUUGUCUGAAGACUCGGUAAACUUUUCUGAAGACUCGGAAAAUUUGGCUGAAGACUCGGAAAACUUGUCUGAAGCCUUGCUGUACGUCCUCACAGUGGGAUCCUAUGAACCGAGGCACGUCAGAGUCAGAAUACCAACAGUCUCGUGUCCUUCCGUGGAACAAAAGUUACUGAGUGGGCUGUCCUAUCGGUAUUAUUCUCCACCUCCACUACCAGCCCACCAUCAUGGCUGCCUGCACUGGUUUACUUAUGAUGACAGCAACAUUACGGGAGGUGCCAGAGACAUUAUUGUGUUCGACACAGAAGCCGAGUCUUUCCGGUGGAUGAACAGUCCUGUUAGUCCUGCGCGGAAUCUCUCCCAGUCGCUCUAUGAUAGAAGGUUGUUCGACAUGAAGGGGACGCUUGCUUUCUGUGGCGGCUCGCCCAGUUCCACCGCUAUAGAUGUUUGGGUGAUGCAGGACUAUGAGGCUGAAAUCUGGGUAUUCAAGUACCGGAUUGACGUGUCAACGGUGGAAGCAUCACGACAACUUUAUUUAACUUCUUUCAAAAGGAAAAGGAAAACACCGCUUGAUUUAACAGUGAAACAGUUCAAUGAGAUGGCUGUGCUCAAUGAGCGUGAGCUGCUGAUCAGGUUCAAUAAUAGAAUACAUGUGUUGCGCUGCGACAUUGAUGGCAAGUUCUUAGGUAUCGCGAACAUCGGGAAGAGUCAAUAUCAAAUGUUGCUUACUCACCAGCACCUCCAGGAGAGCAUUAUUCCAAUUCCAUCCCAUGAGAUGCGAGAAGAAGAUGAGGAGCCUUCAUUAUUCACAAGGCUUGUCUGAAUGUUCAAGACUCCUGGUUUGCUUUGCCAUUUGAUUCAGAUCAGGUCUUUUGUUCUUAGCCCCACUUGUUACGUAUACUACCAGCACUUAACAUGUCGUUUUGGAUAGUUGCAGUAGCACCUGCAAUGUCAUCGUUUGGUGCUUAUUAUAAUGUCUUGAAUGACUUAUUAAUGCCCUGAACUAUAUGGUAUUAGAACCUUUUAUCACUGUUCCUCCCUGCCUCCCAAAAUUACUCUAAUUUUGGCAUAGUUAAAAUGCACGAGCAGCAUCAUUAGAUGAGAGUGUAAUGCUUUUCUUCCAUAGGCAGUUUCACCAGGUUGCAUCUGCUCUUUGUGUGAACAAGUUCUAUCAGGCAUACCUGCGUAUUUGUGUGUAGUACGAUCUAGGGCCAAUAAUUAGCAGUGUUUUUUGUCUGAUAGUUACUUGAGUGCUUCUAUGAUUUAAGAAAGAUUUGAUACUUUAGCUGUGUGUUGGUAGUAGUGCCAGGGCCAAGAAAGAAACCAGCUGAAGAUGUUCUUGGUUCAUCUUUCUCUGGAUGAAAGAUUUCUAACUUAAUUAUAUGGUGUCAGCUUGGCUGAUUUAAGACCCGCCACAUUUCUUUUCAAUUGGAAAAUCCAGUGAAUUUCUGAUAUGACUAUGCCAUCUUGAUUGCUUGUAUCCACUCAUACUAGAGCUCUGUAAGUCAUCAGUUUUCAACCAA